CCCCCACGCAGCCUCUUUCACCGGCCACAAAACAACCGUGAGUGUCCCAACUCACUGUUCUUAAAAAACCUUAAAAUAAAAAAUAUAAAAAAUACAAAACCUUGAAAAACCUACAUAAAAAAUCAAGAACCGCAAUAUUUUACAAAAAGAAAACAAACAUUUAAAAAAAAAAAAUCGCAAAAUAUCAAUUAAAAAAACAACUAGAAACAGGAAGCCUCCGGGUCAACCUGAAGGAAUUUCCACGAAGGAUUUUUUUCUUUUUCUUUUAUCCCUCAAGUUAUUUAAUUUAUUUUUUUUCUCUCCAAAUUUUGACAUCUUUGUCAAGCGACUGCAUUUAAAACCCAGCGGUCAUUCACUGGAGAAGAGAAGCUCAUCGGCUCUUUGGUUAUUUUUAUUUUAUUUUUAUUAUUUUUGAGAGAAUCUUCGGCUGCAUUUUAUUUUUCUUCUUUGAGAAGUCCGAGAUAUGAACACGGCCAGCGGCAGUUAUCCCAUGGCUUCUCUGUACGUGGGCGACCUGCACCCGGACAUCACGGAGGCUAUGCUGUACGAGAAGUUCAGCCCUGCCGGACCGGUGCUGUCCAUCCGCGUGUGCCGGGACAUGAUCACGCGACGAUCCCUGGGAUACGCUUAUGUGAACUUCUCCCAGCCUGCUGACGCCGAGAGAGCCUUAGACACCAUGAACUUUGAUGUGGUGAAAGGAAAACCAAUCAGAAUAAUGUGGUCCCAAAGAGACCCCUCCCUCAGGAAAUCUGGUGUUGGGAAUGUGUUCAUCAAGAACCUUGACAAGUCUAUUGACAACAAAGCCCUGUACGACACCUUCUCUGCCUUUGGCAACAUCCUCUCAUGCAAGGUGGUUUGUGAUGAAAAUGGCUCCAAGGGCUACGCCUUCGUCCAUUUCGAGACUCAGGAUGCAGCCGACCGUGCCAUUGAGAAGAUGAAUGGCAUGCUUCUCAAUGACCGCAAGGUGUUUGUGGGUCGCUUCAAAUCUCGCAAAGAACGGGAGGCUGAGCUGGGCGCCAAGGCCAAAGAGUUCACCAACGUCUACAUCAAGAACUUUGGCGAUGAUAUGGAUGACGAAAAGCUGAAGGAGCUCUUUGACAAAUAUGGUAAAACCCUCAGUGUGAAGGUGAUGACGGACCCCACGGGCAAAUCCAGAGGCUUUGGAUUUGUCAGUUAUGAGAAACACGAGGAUGCUAACAAGGCUGUGGAGGACAUGAAUGGAAUGGAGCUCAACGGCAAGACCGUGUUUGUCGGUCGGGCACAGAAGAAGAUGGAGCGACAGACGGAGCUGAAACGGAAGUUUGAGCUACUAAAACAAGAAAGAAUCAGCCGUUAUCAGGGCGUAAAUCUUUACAUUAAGAACCUGGAUGACACAAUAGAUGAUGAGAAACUACGUAAGGAGUUUUCUCCAUUUGGAUCCAUUACAAGUGCUAAGGUGAUGCUUGAAGAAGGUCGCUCCAAAGGCUUCGGCUUUGUGUGCUUCUCCUCCCCCGAGGAAGCCACCAAGGCAGUGACCGAGAUGAACGGACGCAUCGUCGGCUCCAAACCUCUGUAUGUCGCGCUCGCCCAACGCAAAGAGGAGCGCAAGGCCCACCUCACCAACCAGUACAUGCAGAGGAUCGCUGGCAUGAGGGCGAUGCCGGCCAACGCCAUCAUCAAUCAGUUCCAGCCCACGAGUGGAUACUUCAUGCCAGCUGUACCACAAGCACAGAAUAGAACGACAUACUACGCACCAAACCAACUGGCCCAAAUGCGACCUAACCCUAGGUGGCAGCAGCAAGGUGGUAGAGGUCAAGGUGGUUUCCAGGGAAUGCCCGGGUCGCUGCGUCAGCCCGGACCACGUGCCAACCUGAGACACAUGAGUCCUGGCAGCAACACACAGGGCCCUCGAGCUUCUGGCCAGACCAUGGCCCCCCGUCCAUCCAUGGGAGUCCCCGGCCCCAGGUCCAUACCUCCAUACAAAUAUGCCACCAGUGUUCGAAACCCAAAUCCUCAGGUGGUGCAGCCUAUUGCCAUGCAGCAGGCUCAGCCAGCUGUGCACGUUCAGGGCCAGGAGCCUCUCACCGCCUCCAUGCUCGCUGCCGCGCCUCCACACGAGCAGAAACAGAUGCUGGGGGAGCGUCUUUUCCCACUGAUUCAGGCCAUGCACGCCAACCUGGCAGGAAAAAUCACCGGCAUGCUGCUGGAGAUCGACAACUCUGAACUGCUGCACAUGCUGGAAUCUCACGAAUCUCUUCGUUCAAAGGUGGAGGAAGCCGUCGCUGUGUUACAGGCCCAUCAGGCAAAGAAGGAUGCGACCCAGAAAGUGGGCAGCAUGGCCUCCACUCCUGCUGCUGCCACUUCCUGAGGACUGGGUGCUUUAGAUGGUUGACAUUCAGUCAUGGGAAGAACACUACUGAGUCUCAACAGCGCCACCAUCAAAUAAAGAAUUAUGCAAAAAAAAAAUCAAUAAGAAAAUAAUUUAAUUUAUAAAUAUACUUGAAAUUUUUAAGAAGCGUUACAGUUUAUAGUUUUCUAAAUGUGUACUACUGUAAACUGCAGACCUAAAGCAAUCAAACGAACGUGUCUUGAACAAAGGCCGUUUUUUAGUGAUGAAGAGAAGUUUUUUCAGAGGUUAAAAUUAAUUUCUUCUUUUUUUGCUGACAUUUGGUGAGUAAUUUGGAAAGAUGGACUCCUCCUAUCGAGCGUUCAUAGGUGUGUGGUAUUUCCAAUAAAGAGUGAUGAACCGAG